AUGGUUGCUCCCUCCCCCAUAUCACUUUCUGCUUCCCAACGGUCGGCAUCGUCGUUCUCAACCCAGCGUUCCAGCCCUAUGGAUCUUCAAAGCAGCUUCAAUGGUACUAUGCUCACUUCACUUACGUCGUCAAUGGUAGACGACGCGCGCGAUGACGAUAUCAUUCCUCCGGGCCCAAACCCUAGAACACUUAUCCUGUGCUUCGACGGGACGGGAGACCAAUUCGAUACUGAUAACUCCAACGUCAUCCUUCUCAACUCGCUCCUUAUGAAGGAUCGGCCAACUGAGCAACUAGUCUAUUACCAGGCUGGGAUUGGCACUUACACUAUACCCGAGAUUGCAACGCCCAUGUGGGCAAACUUCUCGGAGACUAUGGACAUGAUGAUCGCAUGGAACCUGGAUGCACAUGUAAUGGGCGGAUAUGAGUUCUUAAUGAAUAAUUAUCAAGCUGGCGACAAGAUAUGCUUAUUCGGCUUCUCUCGAGGCGCAUACACUGCGCGCGCAGUUGCCGGAAUGGUUCACAAAGUAGGGUUACUCCCGAGGUCCAAUCACCAGCAAGUCCCUUUUGCGUACCACAUGUUUUCCCGUACGGAUGAGCUUGGCUGGAAACAAUCGACUGCAUUCAAGAAGACAUUUUCUAUGGAUGUCGAUAUCGACUUUAUUGGAGUUUGGGACACUGUUUGCUCUGUUGGUUUAAUUCCUAAGAGGCUUCCUUUCACUAUGUCAAAUGACUCUAUACGUGUUUUCCGACAUGCGCUCUCGCUUGACGAACAUCGUGCAAAGUUUAAGGCCAACCACUACAACUACCCCAGUGAAGACGAAGCCAAGCUGGGUAUUCAGCCGGGUGACAUGCCCAAAUCGGGGGCUCGUAAACGAACCAAGAAGAAAGGUUUAACGGAGCUUGAGGAAGAGUUCUCUCAACAGGACGGGCACCAUGGGCACACUGAUGUGCUCGAGGUGUGGUUUGCUGGGUGCCAUUGCGACGUUGGAGGUGGCUCUGUGUCGAACGAGGACACGCAGAAUCUCGCGCGAAUUCCUUUGCGCUGGAUGAUUCGCCAAUGUUUCCUCACAAAAACCGGCAUCCGAUUCCACUCCGACCUUUUGCAUACGGUUGGCCUCGAUCCUGCCUCGCUCUUUCCCUACGUAAAGCAACGUCCGCCGGCAAUCUACUCCUUGCCGAGUCAUCCCCGAGAAGCUACCGCGGCGACACUCGUAGAUGCCUCUUUACCUGGAAACGAGGAAGAAGAGGACUACAAAGAUGCUCUGCGUCCCAUUUAUGAUCAGCUCACUCUUGCGCGCUAUUGGUGGCUAUUGGAGAUCGUCCCACUAGAGCAUCGGCGACAAAGUAAGGAUCAUAAAUGGACGAACAAGAUAUACGUCAACCUAGGUGGAGGUCGAGAAAUACCUGAACACCAACCCUUCUAUGUGCAUCGGAGCGUUAAAACUAGGUUAGAGGCGCACGACCUCGAAGGGGGACCGUACAAACCCAAAUGCGCAAAUUUCGACCGCAUGCAGCCGAUCUGGGUGGAUUGA